AUGGAGUAUCCUGUCACAGCUACGGUGGAACUGUCUCCAGCUAAAUACAUAGAUUUUGACAUUGGGAGAUAUGUCGGUCAUCCUCCAGCCAAUGAUGAGGAAAAGCUGCGUGCAUUAAAAGAGCCUUGGACCCCACGGAAUACUUUCAAGCUUCCAGUCACUGGCAAGAAGAACCUUUCUUAUCAACGUCAUUGGACUACCAGGCACUCAUGGCUUGUGUAUUCAAACAUCAUGCAGGGAGCAUUUUGCAAAAUAUGUGUUUUACUUGGAAAAAUGCAAGGCGGCUGUGGUCAUCAGGAACUUGGAGCCUUUGUUAGUAAGCCAUUUACCAACUGGAAUAAAGCUUUAGACAGCCUUAAUCACCACGCUGAUACAAAAUAUCAUAAAUUUGCUGUCGAGCAGGCAGCAAACUUUAUAAAGGUCAUGGAGGGAAAAGCUCUUGAUGUUUCAGAGUCCAUCAAUGUGGAAAAUAGUAAAAUUGCUGAAGAGAACAGAAGAAGAUUGAAAGCUAUUGUAGAAACAAUUCUUCUCUGUGGAAGACAGGAAAUUGCCCUAAGAGGGUGUCGUGAUUCUGGAGAAGUUGGAAUAAACGAACCUGCACAUAAUGACGGUAAUUUUAGAGCGCUACUUCGUUUUCGUGCUCGAUCCGGUGAUGAAGCACUUAAGAAUCACUUACUUACGCAAAACAUCCACAGUAGAGCCAUGUAUACCUCUUCAGGAAUUCAGAAUGAAGUUAGUGAACUGUGUGGUAAUGCUAUUCAACCACACGUACUGAAAAGGGUCAAGAAGGCAGGUUUUUUUACUGAACUGACUGACGAAACAAGAGACAUAUCACGCCAAGACCAACUAGCGUUAUGUUUACGAUAUGUAGACUGCCCAUCUGGAAAAUCGAGUAUCAUGGAGGAUUUUCUUGACUUUAUUUACGUGGAAGAUGUUUCAGCGCAAGCAUUGGGAAACACAAUCGUAACACAUCUCUUAUCUUGUAACUUGGAUAUGGACAAAUUGGUAGGGCAAGGCUUUGAUGGCGCUGCAAUAAUGAGCGGCCAAAUACGAGGCGUGAGAACAAUGAUUGCAGAACAAUAUCCGACAGCACUAUUUGUUCACUGUGUGGCACAUGUUCUUAAUUUAGUUCUUGCGCAUUCGUGUGAAAUACCUAUGAUACGGAACUGUAUUGGAACAAUAAAAAGUAUAGUAAACUUUUUUCGACAAUCUCCACUUCGGGACAACCUGUUGAAGAAAAUUUCAAAUCAAACUGAGUCAUCUCGUUCAACGCUGAUCUCCCUUUGUGAGACACGAUGGACCGAAAAGCAUGUGGCUGUUGAGAGAUUUGCAGAAAUGCCUCCUGUAGUAUGCGCAAUACUUGAGGACCUUCAAGACGCUGCAAAGCAGAUGAGCUCAAGUGACAUAACUGUUCCAAGAACGACUGGAAGGCAAACCCAGCGCAGCAAUGUACCAGGAGAAACUGCUGAAAUAUAUUAUCGUCGAAAUGUAUUUUACCCUUUUCUUGAACAUGUGGUCACAGAACCUGAUGCUCGUUUUAAACCACAUGAAGCAACAAUCGAAGAAAUUCAGAUGCUUCUGCCUGAAAAAACCAAUAAUGACUCCAGGACAAAAGAAAAUCUUAAGAAGAUAGCGCAAACAUUUCUUGGUGAGAAUGUAGGCACAACAAUUCUGAGUGAAUACGAGAUAUGGCACAAUCACUGGAAAUCUGUAGAGUAA